AUGGGAGUCGCUGUAUAUUUUACACACGUGUCGUUAUAUAAUAUUUUAAUAUUCAUAAUAUUUUGCUUGUCGAUGGAAAUUUAGCGAUAAAAGGGAUUAUGUAUGAGUACAUCGUGUUGUGUAUGAGUAUCUCGUUUCGCGCAGUCCAUUGUUAUGCAACAUGUUUCGUCAUCUCUGGCACGUGUCGAAGCUACUUCACUGUUACUCGCAAGAUAUACAUAUAUUCAAUCUGAUCUUCUUGCCGAGUUGCAGCUACCUCCGUACUGCAAUAAUAUGCACUUGUUUACCCACAUAACGUAUACAUAUAAGAGACAGUCAUAUUGAGUUCGAACGCGGAGUUACUACAGCCGUGUCGUGUUAUGGAAAUUUCUCGAUAUUUCAAGAAUAUUAGACUCAAUUAUAGUAUAUCACAGUAUAAUUUUAGUAUUUCAAUUUCACUGGAGUAGCGUCAACAUUUAAAACAAAUACAUAAUACAUUUAUUUUUAUAGUCUGUGAUAGUGUAUCACAGGAUAGUUUCGGUAUUUCAAUUUCACUCGAAUAAUGUUAACAUUUAACCUCUUGCGCAUCGAGAAUUUUUAGUCCCAAAAUUGAAACAUUUUCUCAGUUUUAAGUAUAUUUAAAUAUAACCUAGGCAAAACAGAUAAUAAAUUUAUUACUUCUUCUUAGUGAUAAUUUCUAUCCAGUGAUAUCAUAUCGACGAGUUCAAAAAGAAAGCGGUGAAUUAUUGUAUACGGCAAAACAGAUAAUAAAUUUAUUACUUCUUCUUAGUGAUAAUUUCUAUCCAGUGAUAUCAUAUCGACGAGUUCAAAAAGAAAGCGGUGAAUUAUUGUAUACGGUUUGGUCACUCGUUAUGGUCCGCGAAUCAGUUGCCGGCACAAGAGUGACAUCAUACCAACGAGUUCAAAAAGAAAGCGGCGAAUUAUUGUAUACGGUUGUAUAUGGUCACUCGUUAUGGUCCGCGAAUCAGUUGCCAGCACAAGAGAUUAACCUUAACGUCGAGAAUUUUUUGUCCCAAAAUUGCAAUAUUUCCUUAGUUUUAAGUAUAAUUUCUAUCCAGUGAUAUCAUACCGACAAAUUAUCGUAUACGGCUUGGUCACUCGUUAUGGUCCGUGA